AUGCUGUUCUCCGCCUUCGACGCGCGCGGCGAGGGCGCACUCGACUAUACGCAGGCGCAGCAGGCGCUGCAGUGGCUGAUGCGGACGCCCGCCGACGGCGGCGCCAAGCCCGAGGUGCCGCUGGCCUGCCCGGCCGAAGCGUAUGAUGCGGCGGGAGGGCUCAGGCUGGAGCGGCCGUGGUUCUUCAUGCUCUAUCGCACGAUGCCAAACCAGCGAGGGGGCAGGUUGCGUUCGUUUGUCACUGUGCACAACCAAGGGCUGGCCACCUCCGUAUCCAUCAUGGUGAAGCCAAUGGGCCAAAAAUGGAGGGAGCGCCCCUCCCAGGUGGCCGGAGGGUACACCUCGGGUCGGCGUGCUGGGGGGGGCGCCGGUGCGCAAGCCCACUUUCCGGGCGACCCCGAGGGGGAGGAGGCCGGGCGAGUGGCAGCAACUCACUGUUAG